ACAAUAACUUCUAUAACAGAGUGUAGUGUAGAUAAGUCGGAUGGCCGGUUAUCAGCGAUGAAGCGAUAACGGUCAGUGCGCAUCCAGCCAUCAUAGGCAGCGCUGCUCAACGAUGUGCUUACAGACUACUUGAAACAUGGACACGGAAACCCAGAUCAUAGUAAUAUCCAGCGUGUUCGCGGGCGCGUGGCUGGUGCUGCUCAUCAUAGCCAUAGUGCUGUGCGCGCAGGUCAGCAGCCUGCGCAAGAAGGUCGCGGAGAUGCAGGCCACGGGACGCAUGCGGAUACAGAAGCUAAAAAUGGACAACGACAAGAACCACGCGUUCCACAAUCCUGCGCUCGCGCCGGACGAGGAGCUGUCCCGGCGGGGGUACUCCAUGUACACCUCCAACGAUGACGUCGAGAGUGGCAGGCAUGAGCGGCAGACGGGUGGGCAGUUCGUAGACAGGCCGCAAUCCAGUCUUUACGAAGAAAGGCAAAAUCCUCCACACUUCGUGGACGAACUUACCAGGGAGCUGGACAGCAGACAGCAGCGGCCGAACAAUCCCCCCCCAUUCUUGCUGCAGAGCAUUCAGGAUAGCAAGCGAAAGACCAGGAGCCUUACCAAUCCAGUAGCCAAUGGCAGGCAAAGCGAUACCAACCCUAACUUCAUCUAUUAAUAAAUAGGCUACAGGUUCAUUCUUUGAUGAUGACAGUUGAAACUGAGUAAGAUCUCAAAACACUCUUUACAGUGCGCCCAACUUAUUCUUUUAUAGUUCGUUACAUCGCUAGCUACCUAUUUCUUUUAAAAAAAUGUGUGAUCCUGUGUUGACUUACAAAGGUAAACUUGGGCUCACUGUGAACGUUUAAAACAAAUCACUUUCUCAGUUUUAAGUGUCAUCGUCAAUUUAUUUACCUGCUGAUUUAAGUAAGAUAAUGAACAAAGUCGUACCUGAAAAUGGUGGAACUAGCUAAAUGCUAAGAUUGAAGGACAUAAUGCUCCAGAAAUGAAAAGCAUGUCUAGAAAAAAAAUUUAAAUUUUGUCUUGGAUAUGUUAAAAGCUUAUUAAAAUAAUUUACGUCACGAACAAGAUUUUUUCAUGUCCAACUUCCUAGUUGCAUAAUUAAGCGUUCGUGAUAAAUACAGAAGUUAAAUAAUUUGUCAAAUGUUAAUGAUUUUGCAUGAACUCCAUAUUUUAAUUACAUAAUUUCAAUUUCAUACUUUUUUCGAAAUUGUCUUUUAUUUAAGCAAUGGCAGAGGACGCGUAGCUGUUGUUUAUUUAUGAGAUAAUUUUAUAUGCAUUAUUUAUUUUCUUUUUACUAUAUUAUCUAUGCAUGGCCUCCACUGGUAUUGGUAAAGGCAACUGGUACUUUAUUUAUGAAAGUCUUUUUAAGGCAUGUGAGUGAAAAUGCAGUAAGUUUGUAACGUUUUCUGAUAAUUUUCAUUUGGAAAUUAGAAAGAAAACUGUUACCCAACGUAAUUGUAAAGUUAUUACUAAAUUUGUAAGUAUUAAAAUUACGUUAAAUUAAAAA